CUUCCCAGCCCCUCCCAGAACAUGUUUGUCAGUGUAGCAGAAAGGAGGGAGAGAGGAGUUCAGACAGGUGAGGAGUGGAGGGGAGCACUCAGACCGUUGACUCCAGUUCCCAGACAUGGCGUCCAUUAACAAGAAUGGAAGCAGUUCUCGUUUGCAAAGUCGAAAGCCUCCCCACCUCUCAAUCACGAUACCUCCCACGGAGGGUGAGAAGGAAGCAAAACCCACACAGCCACUGACCAAACCCCUGUACCAAAAAAGUGUCAGCCUACAGGAGCCUCAUAGUCAUGGCAUGGAUGGAAGUGGUACAAGCGAAAGGCCAGCGUUCAGAAGACAAACAUCCCUUUCACAAAGCAUAAAAAAGGGAACUGCCCAGUGGUUUGGUGUGAGCAAUGACUGGGAGGGGAAAAGACAACAAUGGCAACGCAAGAGCCUCCACCACUGUAGCCUCCGUUACGGGAAACUAAAACCUCAAUAUCAGAGAGACAUAGAGCUACCUAGCCAGGAAACGCCAUCUUUCCAAGCAACGGAGUCCCCAGCCACCUGCCGAAUGCCCAAGAUCGUGGAUCCCUUGGCACGCGGUAGAGCGUUCCGGCAUCCAGAUGAAGUGGAUCGACCCCGGACCCCUCACGUGGGCUUGGCCCCACUCACCCCUGGAGUUAUGUCCCUUACUUCCUUCACCAGUGUACGCUCCGGGUACAGCCGGUUCCCACGACGGAAGAGAGAGAGUGUGGCACACAUGAGCUUCAGAGCUGCAGCUGCUAUUAUCAAGGGUCGCCCUAUUCUCGACACUCCGCACGGCCGACGAGCAGGCCAGAAGAAAAGCUUUGCCUAUCCCAGCUUUAUGGAUGAAGACACAGUUGAUGGUGCAGACACUCUAGAUUCAUCAUUCUUCAGCAAGGUCGACAUGCACGAUGAGACUUUUUCUAUGCCAGAUGAUGUUUUCGAGUCGCCCCCUCUCUCCGCUCCAUAUUUUCGUGCUCAUGUGCCAACUCCUGAAUACCAGACUGAUGGACCUAUAUCCUCCGCGAAGGAACCGGUGAGACCCUGCCAGACCUUCGUCAGCAACACUCGCAGAGGCAAACGCAUUGCAUCUCAGGUGAAACAUUUUGCAUUUGACCGAAAGAAGCGUUUGUAUGGCCUUGGAGUCGUGGGGAACUGGUUGAACCGAACGUACAGACGCAGCAUCAGCAGUACUGUGCAAAGUCAGCUGGAACACAUAGACAGCCACAGACCGUACUUUACCUACUGGAUCACUUUCGUACAUGUCCUCAUUACCCUGCUCGCCAUCGGUACAUACGGCAUUGCACCCAUUGGCUUUGCUCAGCAUACCACCACUGAAUUGGUACUACGCAACAAAGGUGUGUACGAGAGUGUGAAAUAUAUUCAGCAGGAAAAUUUCUGGAUUGGUCCAAGUUCAAUAUCUCUCAUUCACUUGGGAGCCAAGUUUUCCCCCUGUAUACGGAGGGAUGCCCAAGUUGAGCGUUUAAUUGAGAAAGAGCGUGAUCGAGAGAGAAUAUCUGGCUGCUGUAUUCAAAAUGAUGAUUCUGGCUGCGUCCAAACUCUUAAAAAAGACUGUUCGGAGACUUUGGCAACGUUUAUCAAGUGGCCAGAUAACAACGCCCCCUUCCUGCACCAGAACAGCAAUGAUAAGAGGCAGUCCGGAGCAGUCUGUCACCAAGACCCAAGGACAUGUGAGGAACCAGCAUCCAUCGCACCCCAUGUCUGGGCUGACGACAUUACCAAGUGGCCAAUCUGUACGUUCCAGCAGACCAAUAACCACACCGGGUUGAAGCACAUGGACUGUAAAAUAAAAGGGAGACCGUGCUGCAUUGGUACAAAGGGAAGCUGUGAAAUAACGACCCGUGAAUACUGUAGCUUUAUGCAUGGCUACUUCCAUGAGGAAGCCACACUGUGCUCUCAGGUUCACUGUCUGGAUGAGGUCUGUGGUUUACUGCCCUUUUUAAAUCCCGAAAUUCCAGAUCAAUUUUAUCGCCUCUGGCUGUCACUCUUCCUUCAUGCUGGAAUUAUUCACUGCUUGGUGUCAUUAGUUUUCCAAAUGACUGUCCUGCGUGACCUGGAGAAACUUGCAGGUUGGCUACGCAUCUCCAUCAUCUUCCUGUUGAGUGGGAUUACAGGAAAUCUAGCCAGUGCCUUAUUCCUGCCUUACAGGGCUGAGGUUGGACCUGCCGGCUCACAGUUUGGUCUCCUGGCAUGCCUCUUUGUGGAACUCUUCCAGAGCUGGCAAAUUUUGGCUAAUCCUUGGAAGGCAUUUCUCAAACUUGUGGGCAUUGUUCUUUUCCUUUUCCUGUUUGGCCUACUCCCCUGGAUUGACAACAUAGCCCACAUCUUUGGAUUCAUUAGUGGCCUACUCCUUUCAUUUGCUUUCCUUCCUUACAUCACAUUCGGCACAGCAGACAAGUUACGCAAGCGAGCCAUGAUCAUAAUCUCGCUGCUGGUUUUCCUUGGGCUUUUUACCUCCCUGGUGAUUUGGCUUUAUGUACAUCCUAUUAAUUGGGCAUGGAUUGAGUUCCUUACCUGCAUACCGUUUACCAACAAGUUCUGUGAGAAGUACGAUAUAGAUCAGGUUCUUCACUGAAUGUCCAUCCCACCACCGGUUGCUGCAGGGUGGACCACUUGGAAUUUCCUGCUGAGAGGAUAAAUGCUUCUUACAAUCCUGGCUGGGCUGGGGCAACAUUUCAUUAACUCCAAGAGACUGCCAAACUGGCCCUAGCAAAAAGGUUGAGUGGAGCGGACAUUCUUUCCAUAACACUUUUAUAAACAGUUUCCAGAGAGGAGCUGAAGAAAUCUGAGCCAACUUGGUGGUCAGCCUCCAUUUCUGUAUCUUAGACCUUCUGGUCAAACUGCACAAAUGGAUUGAAGGACCUAUGUGAAACCAUUAAAAAAAAGACUUCUACAUAUGUUUGCAACUCAGGAAUUGAACUUGACCUUGUGCACAGCCUACGUCCCUGCAUCAACUUUCAUUUGUAAAUUUAUUUCACUUCAAAUGUAUAGGGAUGUCCUGUUAACCAAAACAAUUGAUAGGGGACAUUUGCAAAGGUCCGGAAAGAAUUAAAUGGCAAUCUUUGGUAAUCUAAGUUUCAAUUCCAUCCCAAGACGAUCUCCUAUUAUAAUCUCCCCAUUUAUAAGAGUUUGCUUGUUGGGGUCCUGGCUUUCAUGUGUGUUUACAGUCGUAUUUUGUUUUUUUUAUUUCCCUCCAGGAUGGUAAAACACUAGGGAGGAAUUAAUUUGAUGAAUCUUCCCUCAUCAAAGCUACACUAAAUAUUACACAUACUGCUUGCCCACUUAAAACCGAGACCUCAACAAUUUCGCCUUUUUCUGAUUAUAUUUAAAAAGUAUAUGCUACACCACAAUUGACUAUUGAAGACCUACAUUUUGUAAAAACUCUCUUAUGGUACUAAAUUCCAGAGACUCAUAGCUGUAAUCACAUAAUGUGAUGAUCUAAUGGACAUCUGACUCACUCCACAACAUGACUUUUGGUAGGUCUGCUAUCUUCUAAUGCACAUGCAUCAGUAAAAGGUGUCUCAAUGAGUAGGUAUUCAAACCCAUGAUGGAAAUGGGUCGUAUAUAUUUAUGAAUUGAGCAUUUUUUGUUUAAAUAUAUUUUUUUUGUGCCAUUGACUUCAAACAUAGUUUUGAAGAUAAUUUACCAUAUUAAUGUGAAGAACCAUAUUUUUUUAUGUCCCCUACCUCUUAUGUGCUGUUUUUUAAGAGUUCUCCGGUGGCGAUACAUCUAAUGUAUAUUAUGAUUGAUGUCUUAAAGCUAGAAGAGAACUUUUUGACAAAGUGACGUUUAAAAAUCUUGGCAUACAGCCGAGGAAUUUAUUAUGUAAUAUGGAAGAAAAUUGUGGUAAUACAGCUAUGUACACAUAUUUAUGCUUAAAGCAAGUUUAAGACCAAAUUGUGGGGGUACCUAGAGAGUAUGUUAAUGGUAGAUUGUGUCUGCCAUGUGUAAAUAUUGAUGACCAUUUUCAUUAAGAUAUUUAUUUUGUUGAGAUGCAUUGGUAUCAAAGGACCAAAAUUAAAUUAUAGUAGAAGAUAAAAAAUUAGGUAUAACGUCAUGCAAGCAUUUAAUGGAUACACUUGUUAAGAAGGGGAAAAAAAGGGCUUUAUCCAUUUUUAGUAGAAAAUAGACUAUUUUGACUAAAAUGCCACAUUUUUGCAGGGGAUAAACAGGGAUUUUAAAAUGACCCUUUGCUGCGCAAUUGGGUCUGUUUAAUAAUGUUUUGCAAGCAUCAAUGAAUGGAUUUGGUACAUUUUGUACGCGUCGUUCUGAUGUCCUGAACGAUAUAUGCAACAGAGGUCAUUUUCAUGCAACUUUUUUUCAGAGGUUUAUAUUCUAAUAAUUUAUUUCAACUUUGAAACUGCAGAUUUUCACUUUGAUUGCAACAAAGCCCUUUCUUACAUUAUGGGCAGAAAAGCCUUGUUUUGUAAGAGGAGGUAUGGCUGUUUUUGUGUCCCAGUACUGGGGGAAACCAAGAGACUGGAAAUGAUUGUGAAAUAAAACACUGUACUAACAUUUCCAUA